CGUUAUCGUCGCGUGUGCUCAGUGCGCUUGCUUUGUCGCUUGUUGUAAGGGGCCAACGAGCGCGGUGCCGCGGUUUCUUGCCGCUUGCCGGAUCUAUGCGCACCACUGGCAACCUACCGUUCGAAUGCUGGUGUCGAUAGGCCGUUAGUCGGAUGACUGUGGUCCUGUUGCCGCGCUGCCUCUGCCAAGCAGCAAGCUCUUGCGGGCUGCACAAAUCGCUAGCGCGAGUUUUCAGACGCAACCAAGCAGCUCAAGCACCCUCGCACAUAAAACGCGUCGCCGCGACGCGAGCCUGUGACCGAUGGCGAAGGCGGCGGCCAAGAAGCAGGCCAAGGCCCAGGCCGCCGCAAAGAGCACCUACCAGCCCCUAAUUGCAGCCGUGGUCCUCUGGUACGCGGCGAUACGUUUGUACUACAAGCAAGGCGAGCGCAUCCACUACUAUGCAUUGGGCGGCUGCCUGCUGAUCUACAAAAUUACGCUGCCGAUGGCGAUCGAGGCGUCCGUCGCGCCCGAGGGCUCGAUCACGGGCUAUUUCUUCGACGUCAUGGUGCUGACGUUGUUUACGCAAACGCUCAGCACGUACACGGACAAGGCCUGGUACAUCCUGUUGAUCGUGCCGGCGUUCGGCGUCUUCAAGGCCGGCUCGGCCUGGUUCGGGAAACUCUCGAGUUCGGCCGCGAAAAGCGCCGAGAAGCCCGAGGACGAGGCCCCCGCGGGGCCCAAGAAGGAACGCAAGCCGAAGCGGAAAACCAUGAAGUCGCGAUGAUCGCCGCCGCCGGCGCUUGCUUUGUGUGUGGAGUAAGCACUAGGAACCUA